AUGGGAAAGAAAGAAACAAAGAAGUAAUUAAUUAACGAAAUCGGUUUUAGAAAAUUAUCACGUAAAUAAAAAUAAAUAAAUAAAUAAAUAAAGGUACAAAACGAAUUGCUUGCUACUACCAAAUAUAUGGUGAUGUAAAAUAUAACAAAAUUGAUGAUACUUUUACAAACUUCUCACUCAUUGAAGAUCAUACACUAUAAAUCAAUAAUUAACCCUAUUUACCAUCCCCCACAUCUACUACUACUGUGUGUGUGUGUGUGUGUGUUAGUUCUGGUUGUAAUUUAGAGUCAAGACAUUUUGUAUAAAAAUAACCUUAACAGAAAAAUACCCAAAAAAAAAAAGUUAUCGCGUUGAAUUUGAAGUUUUUCAGAUUUAAACUAUCAGUUGACUCUAGAUAAGAUCUAACAAGGAUUCAAUGAAUUUAUCAUUACAAGAUCCAUUUGCGGUGGCGAAGGAAUAUCCUGAAACUUUAGUUAAUACUUUACAAUAUGGUCAUUCUGUAAUUAUUCAAUUCAGUCAUAAAGGGGAUUAUUUAGCAUCCGGAUUAAGUGAUGGAUCAAUUAUAAUUUAUGAUUUAAUUAGUAAUGGAGGAGUUAUAGCACAUUUAAAUGAUGAUUGUCAUAUACGACCUAUUACAUCGAUAAAUUGGUCCAAAUGUGGUCGAUAUCUUCUUACAUCAUCUCAAGAUUGGUAUGUCAAAUUAUGGGAUUUAAAUAGAAUUAAUAGAAAUGAUGAUGAUGAAAGAGAUGAUAAUGAAGUGGAUGAUGAUGAUGAUGAGGGACUGCCAGUUAUAAGAUCAGUUAAGUUUGAUGGUCCAAUUUGGAUGACAAGUAUCCAUCCUACUGAUUAUUUUAAAUUCACAGCUUCAUUAUUUGAUGAUUCACCUGUAUUUGUGGAUAUGACAGAUAAAGAUGAUAUUAAAAUAACAAGAUUACAAACUACUCCAUUACCAGAACAACAAGAAAUAGAGGCAGCUGAAGGAGGAGAUAAUGAAGCUGAUGAAGAAGAUAUCAAACGAAGAAAGAAAAAUGAUAAACAUAUGACUUUAGUUACCACUUUCACACCUAAUGAUGGAGGAUAUAUCUUUACUGGUACAAGUAAAGGAUGGUUAAAUAUUAUUAAAACUUCCAAUUUAAAAUUAAUUCAUUCUAUAAAAGUAACUAAUUCCAAUAUUAAGAAUUUAAUUAUAUCUCCAAAUGGAAGAAAAUUAGCUAUAAAUGCAUCAGAUAGAAUUAUUCGACAAAUUAAUUUACCUGAUUUAAUUAAUGAUGAAGAUCCUGAUGAAUGGGAAUUUGAAAUAGAUCAUAAAUAUCAAGAUAUGAUUAAUAAAUUACAAUGGAAUUCAGUUACUUUUAAUCAUAAUGCUGAAUUUUUAGUAGCAUCAACUUAUGGUCAAUCUCUGCAUGAUUUAUAUGUAUGGGAAACGUCAAUGGGAUCAUUAAUUAAGAUAUUAGAAGGUAGUAAUGAAGAAUUAGUGGAUGUGAAAUGGAAUUAUAGUCGAUGUUCAAUUGGAUCUACUGGAUUAGAUAGUGGAGCUAUUUAUAUCUGGUCGAUUCAAUUUCCUCAAAAAUGGAGUUCAUUAGCUCCUGAUUUUGUGGAAAUUGAAGAAAAUAUUGAAUAUGAAGAAAAGGAAGAUGAAUUUGAUAUUAUAAAUGAAGAUACAUUAAAGAAAAAAAGAGAAGAAGAAGAAGAUCUUUUAGUAGAUGUGAUUACAAAAGAGAAAGAUGAUGCUAGAGGGUUUGAUAUAACUCAAUCAUCAUUUGUAAUUCCAAUUAAUUAUUAUGAUAAUGAUUUAUUUAUAUAACGAUCACUAUCUCCUGUAUAUAACGCCGUAGAUACUUAAUAUAUAUAACUAUUUUUAGUAGUGUCAUUUUUUGAUGUUUACAUUUUUGUGGUGGUGUGUAAGGACACAAAUUUCAAUUAAGAAAUCAUAGUAAUUAGUAAUAAAAACUGUGAUCAAUCAAUCAAAGUGAGUGUAUGAGAUCUAACAUGUUCAAACUGAAAAAGCAUCCAUUACUCCUGAUUGAAUAAAGUAGAAAUCUGAUCUUAACUAUAUACAAUUUAAACUAAGUAGAAGGAAUAAAAUUCAAAAGUUCGUGAUCUGACAAAUUUUUUUUUUUUUUUGUUUUUGUUUUGAUUUUCAUCCUCUGAACAAAACACAAAAAAAUUUAUUUACAAAAUAAUUGUAAACAAAAAAAGCGGUCAAUUUAAUUCCAUCAACAGAUACGUUUAAUCCAAUCCAUCUGA